AUGGCGGUCGCAUCGCAUUCGAUCUCGCAUAUAGCUGGCCUAAGCGUGCCGCCGUCAGUACAAUCCAAGCAACCACGACAUCCAGUGCGAGCCAGAGCCGGACCGAUCCGUCCCUCCACUCGUGCUUCUGCCGAGUUAAACGCAUCGCGUCUGCCGCUUCUUUUUAAAGCCCCCGCCUUGCAGUCGUCCUCCCUGGCUGGCGCGCACCGCCGAUCGCGGUCGCGCUCGCGCAAAGGAGUAUCUUCCCGCGCUCUGCCCGUCGCAGCGGCAGCAGCGGCGACCGCGGCCGCGGAGACGAAGGAGCAGCUCGAAGCCAAAGCGGAGCGCUUCUGGAAAUGGCUGGUGGAUCAAGGGGUUGGCGACAAGGAUUUACCGGCUGCCGUCAAGCCGGCAGUUUUGACGGCGGCUGACGGCCAGCCGCGACUAGCGCUCGUGGCCGACCGGGACAUCCGGUCGGGUGACGAUUUGUUGCUGGUGCCGCUAAGCGCGUGCUUGACCCUGGACAAGGUUCUUAGGACCGACAUUGGCGCCGUGUGCGGCGACGUCAGGCCGUGGGUGGCGCUGGCGCUGUUCAUCAUCCGCGAGCGCGGGAACCCCACGUCCGAGUGGGCGCCGUACCUCGACACGCUCCCCGCCACGCUCAACUCGCCGCUCCUCUGCCACCAUGCUUGCAUUCAUCUGCUCUUUCUUCAUUCUCUCUCUGUUCCUCCCUUUCUGCUCAUCGUGCUGUGCUGCUUCUCGUUCUCUCCCCAUUCUCGCCUGCAGGUCCGAAGAGGAGCUCAAGAUGCUGGAAGAUCACCCACCCAGCAUUGGGGUGACGUCAUCCACAGCUCAUUGCCCCCAUCCAACCUAACCCUGCGCUUCUCCCCUCGCCCAACUCCCCCUUGCUCCACCCGCUGCUCUCCCGUGCGCUCCCCUCCCCCCCCCACACUCCCCUCAGCACUUUCCCCCGCGCUCUCCCCCCCGCCAGUUACGCAGGUGUUGGCGCUGCAGCAGCAGUACGCGGAGUACAUAGCCGCGGAGCACCAGGCCGCGCUGGACGCCAUCGUGCUGCCCAACCCCGCGCUCUUCCUCCUAAUGCGAUCCCCCAUCCCCCGCACUCCCCCACGCUCCCCACCACGCAUUCCCCCUUGCACUACCCCCCCCCCCCCCCCCCGCACUCCUGUCCACGCUUCCCCCUGUCCCCGCCUCUGCACCCGCCCUCGCGCCCGCCCCCGCCCCCUCCCCCAAACACUCCCUUCUCCCCCACCUCCGCCAGGCACGCAGGUGUUGGCGCUGCAGCAGCAGUACGCGGAGUACAUAGCCGCGGAGCACCAGGCCGCGCUGGACGCCGUCGUGCUGCCCAACCCCGCGCUCUUCCCCGACCCCUCGCGCUUCUCCCUCGCUGCCUUCACCUGGGCCUUCGCCCUCCUGCGCGCGCGCUCCUUCCCGCCCUUCUCCCGCGACGAUGUCGCCCUCGUGCCGCUGCUCGACCUGGUGUCGCACAGCACGGAGUCCCCCGAGGGCAAGUGGCAGGCGAGGGCGGUGGGCGGAGGGCUCUUCUCUGCUGGCAAGGACGUGGUCACCGGCCCUGCAGGGCGCUCGUUCCACAAGGGGCAGCUGAUCACAGUGAACUUUGGCAAGAGCAAGUCCAACGCACAGCUAGCCAUAGACCACGGCAUCGUAGACCCCCCCACCAUCACCCCCGCCUCCUCCUCCCCCGCCUCCUCCUCCUCCUCCUCGCAAGCCCCGCAGCAGGAGCAGCAGAAAUCGGGCGCGCUGGGCGCAAUCGUAAACACGGUCGCGAGCGGCGUGAACAACGUCACCAGCAUGGUCUCCGUCGGGAAAGCCGUGGCCGCAGUGGAAGCAGCGAAGGUCGCCGCGAAGGCCGCAGCUGCCGCCGCCGCCACCGGCGCGGGCAACCGCGACGCGUUCUCGCUCACGCUAGAGAUUGCAGAAUCCGACCGGUUUUUUUAUGACAAGGCGGAUAUAGCGGAGCAGAGUGGGCUAGAGGCGGUGGCUGAUUUCGACAUUGUGGCGGGGCAGGGUGUCCCUGAUGAGAUGGUGGCGUUUCUCAGGCUUGUUGCGCUUGGUGGGGCCGAUGCUUUUCUUCUGGAGGCGCUGUUCCGCAACAGUGUGUGGGAUCACCUGCUGAACCCGGUGAGCCGGGAGAACGAGGAGGCGGUGUGCGUGGGCAUCGUGGACUCGUGCGCUGCUGCGCUUGCUGCCUACCCCACCACAUAUGAAGAGGACGUGGCCCUCCUCCCCACGCUAGCAGAGGGCAGCAAGGAGCAGGUGGCAGUGGUGGUGCGCAUGGGGGAGAAAGCGGCUCUCGGUGAGCUGCAGUCAUGGGCGGUGCGGCGCAUGCGCGCCCUGGACUCCCUGCUCUACUACGCGGAGCGCCGCCUGUCGGACCUGGGCCUGCUGGACGACACCGGCAACAUGACGCCCUGGGUGGGCGUCGAGUAA